AUGGCAUUAAAUCCGCUUUCGGGUAUUCACCAAGGCCUUGUCACAGAACAGGAAUUCGCCAGCUUUGGCAAUGUUGUCUUUAAAGCAUUGAAAGAAAAUUCGCCUGGUGAUGUCGAUAUCAAACGAACUGGCCAAGCAGCUGCUAUGGUCUUCUGGAAGACCAAUACAGAAACACCGAGACCGGAUCUUCUUAAUCUCACGGCGAAUGAUGUUGCUACCAUGCGAUUUGCGCAUAGUGCAUAUAUGCAAUCUGCCCAGCACAUCAGUCUUCCUUAUCAAACAGGGGCUUCGGGAAUCGUUUCUUCGGCUGCUGGAAAGUACCUCCCAGUCUUUGUCAUAUCUCUGAGAAUGUUGCGAAGAACCGGUUCACAACUACCUGUCGAGCUCUUCGUGGAUACUGAGGCAGAAUUGGCUUCGCAUACGUGUCAGACUCUUCUUCCUAGCAUGAAUGCACAUUGCUUGCGACUAGAAGACCGUCUAGGAAAAUGGGCAAGAUACCUUGCAAGUUUCCAAGUCAAGGUGUUUGCGAUCUUGGCUUCUUCGUUUGAGAACGUGCUGUUCCUGGAUGCUGAUGCUUUUGUUGCCAAAGACCCUUCUCAUGCUUUUGUGCAAGAGCCAUUUUCUUCCACUGGUCUGGUGACUUGGCCAGACUUUUGGGCGUCGUCUGCUUCUGCACAUCUUUUUGAGAUCACUGGCCAGCCAGUACCACCAAUGAAUGCGCUCGCCUCCACAGAAUCUGGCCAGCUCUUGGUCUCAAAAUCUAGUCAUGCGUUGACUCUGUUACUUGCAGCCUACUACAACUACUACGGCCCUGACGUGUACUACCCGCUUAUGAGCCAAGGAGGACCCGGCGAAGGCGACAAAGACUCUUUCAUCCACGCAGCUCGAGUAGCCCAAGCACCCUUCCACCAAGUCAAGAAAUGCGUAGACACAAUCGGCUACUACGAACACGGCGCCUACCACGGAGGAGCAAUGCUGCAAUACGAUCCCACACAAGACUCUACCUCUACAGCUGCCAGCGUAACCACCAUGGAUAACCCCCCAGACGCCUUUUCGGUACAUCACAACAUUCCAAAGUACGAUCCUGUACAAUUAAUUGAUACUGGUGUGCUUGUCGAUGCGAAGACGGGGAUACCGCACAGAUUGAUCGGUACCAAGGAAGAAACCGAGAAACGAUUUGGCAGAGAUGUCGAAAGGGAGCUUUGGGAAGAGAUUGAGUAUGUGACUUGUGAACUUGCAAAUCAAAUUGUAGGUUGGAAGACGAUACCCACGACGAAAGAUGCACAAGGCACUUGUGAUAAGGUUCGCUGGUAUAGGAAGGAAGUUUUUGUAUAG